CCAAGCUAAGAAGUACAAAACCCUUAAUCAACAAACAUGUUGCGUUUCAUAAUACUCUCUUUAACUCUCAUUGCUCUCAUCAACUCGUCAAACAUCCAGAGAACAACAGCAACUCCACCAGCCAAAUACCAAAACUACAAAACAUACGUAAAAACAGCAUGCAACUCAACAACAUACCCAGCAAUGUGCUACAACUCAUUGUCCUCCUACUCUUCAACCAUCAAAUCCGACCCAAUCAAACUCUGCAUAACAUCGCUCAACAUCAAUCUUAAAUCCGCUAAAAAAGCCUCGUCCGUGGUCUCUAGCCUUCUCAAAAAGGCCAAAUCCACCUCCAGCCCUGAGGUUCCGAUCCUCAAGGACUGCCUUGAGGAGAUGAAGGAUACUGUCGACGAGCUCAAGCAAGCGACAGCCGAGAUGAAGAAUCUAAACGGCGGAGGGAUCUCAAAGGAGGAGCAUCUAAGGAACGUGAAAACGUGGGUGAGCGCGGCUUUGACAGAUGAGACCACGUGCACGGAUGAGUUGGAGGAAGGAGAAGCGAAUGCGGAUACGAAGAAGAAGGUCAAGAAGGCUGUAUCUGAGCUUUCAAGGACUACAAGCAAUACUUUGGCCCUUAUGACUAAUUACAUAGGUUACUGAAAUUAAUCAUUAUAUUCACCUCUUUUACCUUUGCAUGUGCAUGUAUACGU